AUGAUUCGCGUUUGGAGGGUUUCUGGGCAAGAGCUGACUUCCAUGGCCCAGGAGCAGGUGAGGGACGUGGGGACGUUGAAGGGCUGCCUAAGCCGCUUGCAUGGCUUCCCGCCACGCCUUCAGCAACUCUUGCACGACGGCCGCAUCUUGGAAGACGCCGAAGCCCUGACUGCACCCGUGGAUGUACAGCUGCUGUUGAAGCCCAUUUUGCACGGAGAAGCCGUUCUUGACGACGAGCUCUUUGAUGCGAUCCGGCAUGGUCACGUUGAUACAGUUCGGGUCCUGCUGACAGCCGAUGUGCACAACAAGCUGGGAGGGCUGUACCCAUUCUCUGAGCAGUCUCGGCUAGCUCUGGUUGAAGCUGUCGACAUCGACAGCGACGCACAUCACGUUGAGAUCGUGCGCGCGCUGCUGGAAGCUGCCGCGGACGCGAACCUCCGAGACCGUCGGGGUAAGGCCGCUCUCACCAGCGCGUCUCAACGAGGUCACCUUGAGAUCGUACAGCUGCUUCUGCAGAAUGGCGCUGCAAAGGACAUGAGGGAUUCUUUCGGCAGCACAGCUCUGAUCCUGGCCUCCAGCUACGGCCACCUGGAGGUCGUGCGCUUGCUACUCCAGGCCCAAGCGAACCUGGAGCUCGACAACAACCACGGGGAGAACCCCUUGCUCCGCGCGUGCACCUAUGGGCACCUCGAGGUUGCACGCGCCCUUCUGGAAGCGGGUGCGGACAAGGGCUAUUGUAACCGUGAUGGCGACACACCUUUGGGUGCCGCUGCUUUCGAAAACUGGGUAUGGACGGUUCGGAUCGGCAAGGAAUAA